CUUACAUCUCCAGGCGUGCUACACGUUAUACGCAACCCAAUGAGAGCGACAACUGCGUUCCUCGCGCUGGCCCUCUGCGCGGCCAUUGUCGUCGUCGCCGCCGUCGCCAGCGCGCUCUGGGCCGUGCUUGCAUUUGUCCCCCUCGUCAACCUCGUCGCGAUCCCCUCGCUCAUCGGCAGCGUGCUAUUGCUCGUCCACGCACUCCCGUUCGCAGCGUACCUCCUGCUCGCGCAGACGGACGCGCCGAAACACGGCGGCUCGCUCUUCCUGCCCUUCAGCCCAGCGCGCCACCUCGGCAUCCUCGUCGCCGUCGUGCACUACACGCUGUUCGUUCUCUCGACCGCGCCGGCGCUCUUACUCGCCCUCGCGCGCACCGCGAUCCGCCUGAAGAACACGCCGGCAAGCGACAAGCCCUCGUCGCGCUGGCUCCCCUCGGCGUGGUGGGAACGUUUUGCGAGCUUUGGAAUCGCAUACCAGCCCCCCCGGAAGGGCCGCGCAUCCAAGCUCGACGUGUUUGUGCCUGCCGUCGCUGACAAGCUGCCCGGCGAGGCCAACUUUCUGCCCUUCUCGCCCGCGUCGUCGGCGGCGCCCACGCUCCCGGACGUGGACGAGGGGACCAACGCCCCCGCAACCGACGACUUCCCACCGGACGUGUGGCACGAGCAGAUGCCCGGGUCGCCGGUCGACUCGGGCGCGCUGCCGGUUAUUGUGUUCGUGUACGACGUGGGCAUCAUCGGGCCGAUCCGGCCACAGCGGUGGAUGUUCUCGCUCGUCGGCGCCAAGCUCGCUGAGCAGGGGUACGUUGCCGUCGUGCCAGACCUCACGCUGUACCCCGACGGUCAGGUCGAGGACAUGGUUGUUGAUCUGCGCGCCGUGCUCGCGUGGGUUCGGAAGGACAUCUCGGCGUUCGGUGGCGACCCAAACAACAUCUAUGUUUGUGGGCACGGCCUCGGCGCACACCUCGCACUCUACACGCUUUCCCAAGACGCCGUUGUGCGCUCCCGCGACAAGCUCGAGAUUCACAACUCGACAAGAGAGUGGCCCCACCUGGGCCACGGGCCGACAUACUCGCGCGACAUCCCCAACGGCCUGCGCCAGCUCCGCACGUACGGCGGGGAUAUCGACAUUCCAGAGAUUCGCGGUGUCAUCAUGCUGUCGCCCGUCGCCGACGUUAUCAAACAGGUCCGCCACGAGUCCAAGCUGUGGCUGGAACACGUCUCGCCGCUGCGCCGCGCGCUCGGCUCGUCCCAGACCCGCUGCAUGAAGCACAGUCUCGGGCAUAUCCUGUUCGCGGCGCGGAAUCUUGUAGAAGUCGAGUGGCUCCCAGAGCGGGUGCUGAUCAUCCACGGUGUCGACGACCACCUCGUGCCAAUAUGGCAGGCGGUGUGGCUCGCCGACCUGCUCAACGGCCUCGACGUGCCCACGCGGCUCAAGCAGUAUACCAACCUGUCCCACUUUGACGUCGUUACGAGCCUCAUGAGUGGGCUCGAGGGGAAGCAGACGGCGAAUAUUGUCCACGAUAUCCGUUGGUUUGUCGAGGGUGGGCCCUAGGCUGGGCCUCGGCAGGGCCACUGGCUGGACCACGGCCUGACGCAUAGACUGUCACCAUGCUUGUUGUAUAAUGCCUGCCAGACUACGAUAUAUGAUUA